CCUUCAGUUCCUCACAGCCAGGUCUCAUUCUCAUGUAAAUGAGGGGACAUAUAAACACCCAGCACAUGUUGCCCCUCUGACCAUCUGUCUUCGCCUCUAACGGCUCUCCGGACCCCCCAGCCUCCAGCACACGCGUCAUGGCUCCAACUCGCAGCAGCGCAGGCAGGACGGGAAGAGGCGACACGGGAGUUAAACCCGACAGAAAGAUGAGAAAYCCUCUGGUCGAAAAGAAAAGGAGGAGUCGCAUCAACGAGAGUCUGCAGGAGCUCAGACUUCUCAUCGCUGAUUCGGAUUCGAAGAUGGAGAACGCCGAAGUUCUAGAGGUGACGGUGAAACAAGUCGAAAACAUCCUACAAAACCGCGCUCAAGAGGUGGACGCCCUGAACAGGGAAGCUAGCGAGCGGUUUGCCGCCGGCUACAUCCAGUGCAUGCACGACGUGCACACAUUUGUGUCCAGCUGUCCGGGAAUGGACCCCGCGGUGGCGGCGGAGCUGCUGAACCAGCUCCUGGAGAGCAUGCCCCUCAACGACGAGCUCCGGGAGAUGCUGCCGGAGACGGGGGCUAACAACCACAACAUGCCGGCCUGUAGCGACGGCGCCGGGCUCCUGGACACGACCCUGGUGUCGCCGGCUCCGUCCUCCACCGACGACCCCAGCUCAGACCUGGAUGAAACAGACUCAGAACCGAGCCAUGCUUCCUCCUCCUCCUCCUCCUCCUCCUCCUCCUCCUCCUCAGAGGAGGCAGACAGUCCGGACGGCAUGGCUAGUUUAACUUUAUUCAAGUGUAUGUGGAGACCCUGGUAAACCACUUAACUACAAUAGUUUCAACAAAGUGCUUGGUAACAAAACACUGACAACUAUAGUUUCUUUGUAUAAGUUUUUAUACUACAAUUAAAACAGUUGAUGAGUAAAAUAUUUGUUGUUAGAUUGGACCUACCUUCAGUGAGGAUGGUAAAUAAAUAAAUGUGUAAAUAUGUACUUAUUGUCUGGUCUGUAUACAGUACUUUUCUGUACAGAUUUUUYGUUGCUCCUAAAUUAUUUCCUGUAGCAAUACUUACAUCCUGGUACGCAUCAUAUUUACCCGGAAGUAAGGCCUUCUUGGUACCUGGUACCUUGAAAGUACCACAUGCACUGGGCUUUAUUAUGGACAUAUUCCUAUCUUAAUUUGUUGAAAGUCUCUUUAUAGAUGUUAUAAAGCUACCUCGUUUGAUUUGUUUGUAUCAGCUUUUCAAUAAAUGUGUAUAUUUUCUAAA